GCGUUCCGGUUGAACUCACCUCUCUUUCUCGCCCCUGGACAUCUCCCUUCUUCAGGCCCGCGUCUCUCCCACUCCUCCGCGCGCUGGACUAGCGCGGGCUUCAGUGACGGGAGCCCUCGAGGGACAUGGCAACUACAGCGGCGCCGGCCGGCGGCGCCCGAAGCGGGGCUGGUCCGGAAUGGGGAGGGUUCGAAGAAAAUAUCCAGGGUGGAGGCUCAGCUGUGAUUGACAUGGAGAACAUGGAUGAUACCUCAGGCUCCAGCUUCGAGGACAUGGGUGAGUUGCAUCAGCGCCUGCGCGAGGAAGAAGUAGAUGCCGAUGCAGCUGCUGCGGAAGAGGAGGAUGGGGAGUUCCUGGGCAUGAAGGGCUUCAAGGGACAGCUGAGCCGGCAGGUGGCUGAUCAGAUGUGGCAGGCAGGGAAGAGACAAGCCUCCAGGGCCUUCAGCUUGUACGCCAACAUCGACAUCCUGAGACCCUACUUUGAUGUGGAGCCUGCCCAGGUGCGAAGCAGGCUCCUGGAGUCCAUGAUCCCUGUCAAGAUGGUCAACUUCCCCCAGAAAAUCGCAGGUGAACUCUAUGGACCUCUCAUGCUGGUCUUCACGCUGGUUGCCAUCCUCCUCCAUGGGAUGAAGACAUCUGACACCAUUAUUCGGGAGGGCACCCUGAUGGGUACAGCCAUUGGCACCUGCUUCGGCUACUGGCUGGGUGUCUCGUCUUUCAUUUACUUCCUCGCCUACCUGUGCAACGCCCAGAUCACCAUGCUCCAGAUGCUGGCAUUGCUGGGCUAUGGCCUCUUUGGGCACUGCAUUGUCCUGUUCAUCACCUAUAACAUCCACCUCCAUGCCCUCUUCUACCUCUUCUGGUUGCUGGUGGGUGGACUGUCUACUCUACGCAUGGUGGCAGUGUUGGUGUCACGGACUGUGGGCCCCACACAGCGGCUGCUCCUCUGUGGCACCCUGGCCGCCCUACACAUGCUUUUCCUGCUCUAUCUGCAUUUUGCCUACCACAAGGUGGUAGAGGGGAUCCUGGACACGCUGGAGGGCCCCAACAUCCCGCCUAUGCAGAGGGUCCCCAGAGACAUCCCUGCCGCGCUCCCUGCUGCUAGGCUUCCUGCCACCGUGCUCAAUGCCACAGCCAAGGCUGUUAUGGUGACCCUGCAGUCACACUGACCCCACCUGAAACCCUUGGCCGGCCCCCUCUCCCCCCAUCUUCGGAGCAGAGGAAGAUUAAAGAACAGUAUUGAUG